AUGAUUUAUACUAUUCGUAAAUUUAGUAUAGGUUAUUUUGACAUUUGUCACUCCUACGGAGAGUUCGUUUCACUUUUCAUGUAUUUCAGUCCAGGAGACUUUUGACGCUUUAAACCAACUUAAUUCAAGGAAAUCACCAGGACUGGACGGCAUAAGUGUAAAACUAUUAAAAGAUACAAGCGAUGUUAUCGCGCAACCAUUAGCCAACAUCUUUAAUCUAUCUCUUCAGACUGCAAUUUUUCCGGACGAGUGGAAAAUCGCUAAGGUAUCACCAGUCUUUAAAGAAGGGAAUAAAACUGAUUGCGGAAAUUAUAGACCAAUCUCUGUAAUUUCUGUGGUUGCUAAGCUGUUUGAAGGGCUAGUGUACAAUCAAUUGAGAACGUUUAUUGCCGACAAUAGCAUUCUUGUAGAGCAACAGUCCGGUUUUCGUUCACAACACUCUACUGAGACGGCACUCUCAGGUUCGACAAAUGAGUGGUUAUAUAACAUGGACAGUGGCUUAAUCAAUGGAGUCCUGUUCUUGGACUUGAAAAAAGCUUUUGACACUGUCGACCAUGAAAUCUUAUUAAAGAAACUUCACCUAUACGGCAUAAAAGGAACUACUUACGCAUGGUUUGAAUCUUACAUCCAAAAUAGAAAAUCGAUUUGUUUAAUGAAUGGGAAAAAAUCACAUGCUAGAGAAAUUAGGUGUGGGGUACCACAAGGUUCUAACCUUGGCCCCAUCCUAUUCCUGUUGUAUAUUAACGAUCUACCUAAGUGUCUAGAAACAACCAAGGCCAACUUGUUUGCUGAUGACACAAAUCUUUCGUGUGCCGGCUUAGAUGCCAAUGAAAUCGAGACUAAACUUAAAAGAGAUCUUGAGAAUGUUCAUAGUUGGCUUAGAUGUAACAAACUCACGCUAAACGAUAGCAAAACGGAAUUUAUGAUAAUUGGCUCUAGACAUCAUCUUACUAAAUUUGAAGACAACCCAGAGAUUUCAUUAGCCAUACGAGAUAAUAAUAUUAAACGGGUCACCAACAAAAAAUCGCUUGGUUUUAUCAUCGACGAUCAAUUAAAGUGGGGUAUACACAUUGACGCACAAUGUAAAAAAAAUCUCAAAAAAUAUUGCAUUACUAAGAAGAGCCAAGUUUCUUUGUUCCUUUACACAUUCUAAUCAAAAUGUAUAAUGCUGUAGUAUCUCCUCACCUGACAUAUUGCUCAACAAUAUGGAAUGAUGGAUCUAAUACCAUUCUUAACAAACUCUCUAAGUUACAAAGAAGAGCAGCUCGGGUUAUCACAGGACAAUCAUACGAUGUUCGUUCCACUCAAAUACUAGAAAGUCUCAAUUGGAUGCCAAUUGAAGACAUUUUAAAGAAAAGAGAAAUCAUUAUGACGUUUAAAGCUUUAACAGAAUUUCUUCACGAGAUGCGAAAGUAGUAAUUAUUCUCUAACGAGUUUAACUAUUCUGCGGGUUGCGGGCUGCGGGCCGAAAAAUGCGGGCUGCGGGCCGAAACUGCGGGCUGCGGGCCAAAAAUUGCGGGCUGCGGGCCAAAAAUUGCGGGCUGCGGGCCAAAAAUUGCGGGCUGCGGGCCAAAAAAUGCGGGCUGCGGGCCAAAAAUUGCGGGCUGCGGGCAGAAAAAUGCGGGCUGCGGGCAGAAAAAUGCUAGCACGAUUGCAAGCCGCGGGUCUAGUUGCGGGCCUGACGAAUUUUUAAAAAAAUAUUGUCAAAAUGUAAAGAAAAUAACAAUAUUAUUCAAAAUUUUCUGUCUUUGAAGUAUAUUCUAUGUCUAAUGUUAUUCGUAAUCAUAUGCAUACGAAUUUUUCCUUAAAUUCAUUCUUUUUGUAAUAUCAUGGAAUCUCAGUUUAUGAGUCGUACCAGACAUUAAAACCUGUUUCGACCGGGAUAACUGUACACCAAUCCCAGGCUUUCUGGCAUCCUUGUGUAGAAAAGUAGGACAAAAGUAGGACUAGAAUUUUAGGAAAAGUAGGAAUAAAGUAGGAAAACAUGUAGAAAAGUAGGACAAAAGUAGGAGUUUUGGAGAUGCAAAUAACACAAAAAUAUACAAAAUUGGCCCCCUAGGAUAUAUGUGGUAAGGGGUAGACCAUCAGAUAUCUGAUAGGGAAGUUGUGUGAAUUUUUGGUGCUCAAUAUUUUUAUGUACUCAUUCAUCUAUGCAGGAUUUUUUUCUCAAAACGUUUAAAUUGCAUCGGUAUAAAAGCUAAGGCAUCUGCUCAUUCUGCUCUGCAGCAACACAAUUCAAAUGUAUGUAUUGGGCUACACAAUGCACCAAUCCGCACUACGGCAGAAGCGUAUAUCAGGGCCGUAGGAAGCUGUUUUCGAUUGGGGGUGGGGGGCUGAAAGCGAGGGCCGAAGGCCCGAGGAAAUUUUUAAAUUUAGAGUCUCUGAAAUGCCGUUUCCUGGACUUUGGGGAAAACUUGACAGAAUUCUAAUGGUCAGAAAACAGCGUUUUAGUAUGUCGAAAUUUACAAUUUAGCAGUACUAAAUGGGCGAAGGCGUAUUUAAUUAACUAUAUAUUCGAUAAGUUGCAGGAAAGUAUGGGUAAUAUCUUCAUUCUUUGCAGUUUGCAUGUCAUGGAUUAAAUGAUAAAGGUCUGCAUGAUUUUGAAAAAAAAUGAUUAUUAGCAAAUUAUUGGGGAGCUGCAGCCCCCCGGUUGCUACGGCCCUGUAUAUAUGAUGCUUGAUUAACUGGGGGGGAGUUGAAUAUUUGGAAUCUCUAGAUCGUCGGAAAUGGCACUUUCAGAGUCUUUAUUAAUUUAUUGAUUAUGAUUCUAGAGAUGCUAUGAAAUUAUAUACUCGGAAAAUGUACUUCUUCUCCUCCUGAGAUCUUAUCAUCUGGGACACAAAUAGGGAAUAAAAAUUACGAGUCCUAUAGAUCUAAUUACGAGAGCUAUAACAUACUGAUUCCCCAAGCUGUCUUAAAAAAGUAGGAUUUUAUGAGAAAAAGUAGGAAAAAGUAGGAAAAUCAAGCAAUUUUUAAUAAAAAAUAGGAAAAGUAGGAAAGUUGAAGAAAAGUAGGAAAAAGUAGGAAAAGUAGGAUGGCAAGAAAGCCUGCAUUUGUUUAGAUAUACCACGAGGCUAGUGAGUUGUGUAAAGUUCUCUGCUUUUCAAUAGGGAUGGUUUUUUAGUUUGAUACGACAACACAUUUUGAUUACCACAUAAUUUAAUUAAUGGUGGCGUCGUAAAGUUUCAUACAAGAAUGAUUGUGAGCUCAUGUAGUCCUGUUAUUGUACACCAUUUUGUGAAAUAUUGCAUACAGUUGCACACAGUGCAACCCCCCAUGGAUUUCUACAAAUGCUGACCAGGCAUAUUGCAGGCUCAAGUGGUAUCCAAGUUACCAAUAGUCUUCAGCAGUAUUGAAAGUUUCGAUAUUUGGUAUCAGUAUCAGCCCAUCCCUACUUUUCAAAGAAGCUAUAUUAGAUAUUAUUCAACAAAGAAACACGUACACAUGACUGUGAACUUCUCAGACUUAUUGUGAUGGAGGACCAGGGGUGGUUUGUUAGUACCUUCCUGCAUUUUGGCAGUCCGAAAUCAAUAACCCCAUGCAUAGGACACAAAGAAUAUAGUGUACUGAGAUCUGAGUCCUUGUCAGCACUUUUGAUUUUAAGAGCCUAGCCAGUGUGCUAGGGGAGAAGUUGUCAUCCUGCCCGGCUGCCCCAUGAAAACAUUCAAAAUGGCAGUAAACAUUUUUCAUUAAUUAAUCAUUAUGCAUUAAUGCAAUGGCUGGGAACUUGAUGGCCUCACCUUGGCAUUCUUUGGCGGGGGGGGGGGGGGAUCACUGAGGUGAAUAUCAGGUUGACAGGUUUUUGCUGAGUCCGACCUCUGUACAACUUAUAUUAUUAAAAAUUGUAUUCUCUGGUGCAGAGAGCCCCAAUGGCUGGGAUCUAAGGCUAAGUGGUAG